AUGUUGGCAGUCCACAAAGCUGGAGGCGCCUUUGUGCCCCUAUAUCAUGAUUCCCCUGUUGAUCGGCUCGAGGGCAUAAUUCGUCAAGUCAACGCAACAGUCAUUCUUGGAUCCGAGCGACAACUAUCUCACGGCCCUCUAGCCAACCUGCGAAAACGCUUCCAGGGAGAGGUGGCCUGGGUACCUGUCUGUCACAGCGCCGUUGCGAGCAUAAGGACUGGAAGUCCCGAGCCUAAUGGGCCAUGCUUGGACAGCGCAGCAUACUGUAUGUUCACGUCCGGUAGUACGGGGAAGCCCAAAGGUGUGGUUGUCGAUCACAGGGCCCUCGCACAUGGUCUCCAGAAACAGGGUAGUGUCUUCGGACUUAGCAGUUCUUCUCGCGUUUAUCAGAAUACUCCGUUCAGUUUCGAUCCCUCCAUCACAGAGAUACUCGGUACUUUAUACCAUGGUGGAUGUAUCUGCAUGCCGGAUGACGAUGCCCGCUUACAGACACCGGCAUUGGUAAUAAAUGAGCUCGGCGCGAAUUGGGCAUUUCUUACCCCGUCAUAUGCAACAACACUUGACCCAACUGAGGUCCCUGGAGUUCGUACCUUGCUCCUGGGAGGAGAGGAGGUCACCCCUCAUUCUAUCAAAGGAUGGACAAACAAUCGUCGGGUUAUCAAUGCGUAUGGGCCUACGGAAUGUACUAUCUUCUCGCUGUCUGGCGAUAUCGCUUUAGAAGGAGCCAUGGCCUCGAAUAUUGGCCGUCCAAUUGGUUGCAAGGCUUACAUUGCAGACCCUGAAGAUUAUCGCAAACUAUGUCCUGUUGGAGCUAUCGGAGAGCUUCUUAUACAGGGUCCAAUUUUAGCUCGUGGAUACCUCAAUGACACCAUCAAAACCGGUCAGGCGUUCGUAAAGAGCCAUACUACCUUGGACGGCGAGACAAACAGAUAA